GGUCCCCCCGCGACGUACGAGAGAGCUUCAUUUGUAGUACGUUUAGGGAGGUCCCGAAGAGCUCCCAAAACCGACUUCUUCGGGACGUCCGAAAGACGUCGGAUUCCAGACAUGUACUAGUUUUGUUUACGGGGAUGUGCCUCACGGUCUCACGGUGCGUCACGGUGGGGCACACACGCCCCUGGCACUCCCUGUCCAUCCCAGUCCACCAUGCACCGCGUCGACGUCAACCUCUGCCUUCUGCUGUGCGCGGCGGCCGCCCUCUGCACCGCGGUCGCCGCCCGUCCCUUGCUGCACGCGUACAUGGGGAGCCUGGACUAUGGCGGCCAGCCCCCUCACUACGAAAAGAUGCGCCAGGCCUCCCUGGAUGACAAGCCGCAGACAACGAAGAGCGGCCCGGCCGCCCAGAAGCACCUCCACGGCUACAUGGGCAGCCUGGACUACGGCGGCCAGCCGCCGAGCUACGAGACAUACGAGGGCCGCGACUUCGACUUCAGCACCUGGCCCGUGGACCGGCGCGAGGGCGCCCCCGCGCCGCUGAAACUGGUCCACCCCGGAGCCGUGCGCCCCGUGCGCCCCGCCAAGCCUGGCACUGCUGGCACUGCCGGCAGCCCCGCCAAGCCGCGGCAGGCCGAGACGAAGCCCUCGCAACAAGGCCAGUCCCAGUCCCAGUCUUCUGGCUUCGGUCUUUUCGGCACCCUGUUGAAAAUCGCGGCCGGCGCGACCGAAGUCGUCGGCGACGCCGUGGGUCGCGUCGAGGUCGGCGUCGGCAAGGCCGUGAGGAAGCAGGUGAAGACAGUCAGCGACUGGCUCUUCAGGUAGUUGGAGGACGCCGUCGUGCAGCGCUCACGUGCCGGGCAAGCCGGGCAAGCCGGGCAAGCCACACCACUGGCCUGUCGAGCGGUGCCGCCUCGCCGCCCUCUCGUCGCUUUUCGAAAUAAACACCUCGACUUCUA